GAAAUGAUUAAAAUGUGGUAGCUAAACAUACUAUUUUCCAAUAAGUCAAAAUCUAAAGUGAUGUUGUAACUGACAUCAAAGUUCUUAACGACCAAGCCAAAUUAAAAACUACCAUUAUAUGCAUAACAUGAUGGAGCAGUUUAACAAACAUCAAUUUCUACUAUGUGCAUUUUCCCAACCCCAAUAUAACGCAAACCAAAUCAUACUUUAUUUUUAGUUAUAUUAUAUAGUUUAACCAAAUUAUUCACAAUCACAUUCAUCACAACUAGUUUUUAUCUUUAAGAUGGGAAACCAAGUCUCAUUUCGUCCUUCAGAUCCAACAGGUAAAGUAGUUUUCUUAGAUGGUUCAGUUCAUGAAUUUGAUGAAGCAAUAACAGUGGCAGAGUUAAUGAUGGAUCAUCCACAAAAAGUAGUAGUUGAGUUUCAUUCAGCUGUGAACCAAAAAAGACCAACACCAUUACCUGCUGACAAGAAGCUAGAUAUGAACAAGAUAUAUUUGAUGCUUCCAGUGAAGCAAGGGAAGCCUAUUGGUUUAAGCGGCGAAGAAACUCGCCGAGUUCUUUUGAUGGUUAAUUCUAUUCUGAAUUCUAAUUAUGUUUUGUGUUCUUCUAAGUUUCUUCCUUGGUUUAGUAGUUUAUGUCAUAACAGUGAAAUUGUGGAACCUCAGAGAAAGGAAGAGGUGAUGGAGGAGAAGGGAGAGAGACAUGAUUUUUCGGAGAAUUUGCCGGAAAUAAUGGAAGGGAGACCAGAUUAUUUGAAUAGGCAGAUUUCAGGGAAAGGGUGGAAGCCUAGCUUGGAUACUAUUAAGGAGAAGAAUAUUGAGAAAAAACAUACUCAUUGGUUGUUCCUCAAGAGUUUUUAGUGGUAUAGUUAUUUUAGUUUUGGUUAGUAGUUAAAUAAAUAUUGUGGAUUAAUGUUGGGUAUUAUUAUGUGUAGAAAUUAUGUUAAUGAGUAUGGUUCUUGUUUAAUUGCAUUUGCAUGUGUGUAUCUUAGGUGUAACUUAGAUCCUUUUCUGCAUAUACCAAAUUCUGUAAUGCUGCUCAAAUGAAACUGUGAAAUCCUUUUUUCA